GCGCCGCUGGAGCCUCCCUUUCCACCAGGCGCACGGGAGCGCGCGAUCCUGCCCCUGCUCGGCGAGGGGAGGGGAACCCGGCUGUUCCCCAGGCGCACGCCCGGCUGCCCGGGACUUCCCUGUUGUACACGAGUCACUCACCCACCCACGCUAAGAUGGCUGCGAAAGGCUCGCAUUUCCACCUGAAAAUGGAAGAGGCGGUGGAGAGGUGCCGCGCCGAUUGCCAGUGGGACACGCAGCUGGCCGUGGUGGAGCAGAUGAGGACGCGGGCGGCCAGUCCCCGGCACAAGUGGGCCAAGGGGGGAGCAGCCGGCGCAGGAGCCCAACCGUCCGAUGACUAUGGGAACCUUUUAGUUGCCGAGGCCCUGCUGGAGCUGUGCUUGAACGAGAACCUUGCCAAAAUCAAGGACGCCGUUCCAUUAAUGGAAAAAUCCGAGCCCAAAAUGAGUGACGCCAAAAAGUAUUUGACGGGCAUUCUAAACCGAGGGAAGUUGCCGCCAAAAGAUUUGACAGAAGCCAUGCUGAUCCUGGCGAAGCUCCAUUAUGUCGAGGGCUCUUACAGGGAUGCUCUCAGCAUGUAUGCAAGAGCUGGCCUUGAUGACAUCGUGGUGGAGAAGAAGCCUCUGUAUAUGCUGCGGCUGCUGACAGAAGCUUUUGUAAUCAAAGGCUUGGCGCUGGAGCGCUCGCCCAAUUCCAUCGCUUCCCGGGCCCGCCUCUCCGAACGUGAGGAAGAAGUCAUGGUUUGCUUUGAAAGGGCCUGUGUGAUGGCUCAAGUGUUUCUACAGGAACUCGAGAAGAGCUUCGGCAACACUCAUCCGAGAGGCAUAAAGGGCACUCAAGCACCGGCGUUGGACUUUGAGCUGCCUUACUUCCUGGAAGCAGCCCUGCAGAGCGCUUACGUGGCCCAUUUGAAAAGAGGCAACAUCGUAAAAGGAAUACGAAACCUCCGAGACUUAUUGCGGACCAUGGAAACAAAGGCUACCCAGAGCUUCAGAAUGACGGCUGCCAAGCAGUUGGCAGAGCUGCUUCUCCACUCCCUGAGCGAAGAUUGUUACUGGAGCCCCUUAUCUGAUCCUCUCCCCGAGUUCAUGAACAAAGAGGAUAAUUUGUACAUCUGCACUACCCUUCGCAGAAGACUGCAGCUACACACCGGAGAUAACAUCUACAGCCCCCAUGACAACGUUGAAGAGGCGCUCCUCCUCCUCCUUAUCAGUGAAUCCAUGGCAAACCAGGACGCAGUAAUUAGCCGGGCCCCUGACCAAAAAGACGACCGAGCCAUCAGUCUCCGGGAUGCGUCGGCGGUUUACGAUCUUCUAACUAUCACGCUGGGCAGAAGAGGGCAGUAUGUCAUGCUUUCUGAGUGUUUGGAGAGAGCAAUGAAACUUGCGUUUGGUGAAUUUCACCUAUGGUAUCAACUGGCUCUUUCCAUGGCAGCUUGUGGCAAGUCCGCGCACGCCGUCUCGGUGCUCAAAGAAUGCGUGAAGCUGCGUCCUGAGGACCCCACCGUCCCUCUCCUGGCCGCCAAGGUCUGCAUCGGCCCUCUGCACUGGCUGGAAGAAGGAGAGCGUUUUGCCAAGAUGGUGAUUGGCUUGGGAGAAGAUGCCAGAGAGUUCUUAGCCAAGGGUUACCUGGCCUUGGGCCUGACGUACAGCCUGCAAGCAACUGAUGCUACCCUGAAAAGCACACAGGACAACUUGCACCGAAAAGCCCUUGAGACUCUGGAAAGAGCACGUCAAUUGGCACCUGAAGACCACCAAAUCAUCCUCUACCUUUCAUUGCAGCUGGCUCUUGUCAGGCAGAUUUGUGAUGCGAUAGAACAGCUCCAGGAAGCUCUGAAACUCUGCAAGGAUGAUAUGAAUUCCCUUCAUUUGCUGGCCCUCCUUUUUUCGGCUCAAAAGCACCACCAGCAUGCGUUGGAUGUCAUCAACAUGGCCCUGGCGGAAUAUCCAGACUGCUUUAAUUUACUCUUCACCAAAGUGAAACUGGAAUCGGUGCACAAGGGCCCAGAGGAAGCUUUAGUGACCUGUAGGCAAAUGUUGCACCAGUGGCAGAUGCUUCAUAAUGUUUCACAGCUCAGCGAUCUGGAGAAGGAAAGCAGCCUGGCCGAGGCGCCGCCAAUCAAGAAGCACAACAGCAUGUAUCUCACUCUCCCCGAUGCCCACGACACCGACUCUGGCUCCCAGAGAGCAUCUUCCAUUGCAGCCUCGCGGCUGGAGCAGGCCAUGUCUGAAGUCACCAUGCACAGCACGGCCUUGAAGCAAGGGCCUAUGCAGCUGUGGACAACUCUGGAAAAGAUUUGGUUGCAGGCUGCUGAACUCUUCAUGGAGCAGCGGCACCUCAAAGAAGCAAGCUUCUGUAUCCAGGAGGCAGCCAGUCUCUUUCCCACAUCUCACAGUGUGCUGUACAUGCGGGGGAGGCUGGCGGAGAUGAACAGCAGCUUGGAGGAGGCUAAGCAACUGUAUGAUGAAGCACUGACGGUGAACCCAAGCGGAGUGGAAAUCAUGAAUUGCUUGGGGCUGGUGCUGAACAGGCUCGGGCGGAGAAGCUUGGCUCAGAAGGUUCUGCAGGACGCAGUCCAGGUGCAGAGCACCAGCCACAAAGCCUGGAACAGCCUUGGAGAUGUGCUUCAUGCUCAGGGGAAAAAUGAAGCGGCUGUGGAGUGCUUCCUGACGGCUCUGGACCUGGAAUCCAGCAGCCCCGUCGUGCCAUUCACGGUCAUCCCCAGGGAACUGUGAUGGCGUAGAAUGUCUUCCAUGCACAUGUGUUCCGUGGAGGUGGUUCCAACAGCACACAUAUCAAAUAAGCAAUUUGUUUACAGUGCAAUAAAUAUAUAUAUACAUGGCUCCUUUUGUUAAGAUAGAAUUCAGAAACCUUUACCCAAGGAAGUGGCUCCGUUUCAGGGAUAAUGCAUUUCCCCAACAUGCAGAUUGCAAGAUAUAUUAUUGUUGGCGGGGAAAUGCGAUUAUUUUUCUGGCUACUGGGGCUGGUGCAAUUUGUAGUGCUGCCUUGAACUUCCCUUCACCCAAAAAGCCAUCCAGAAUGCAAGGCAGUGCAGGGGGGGGGGGGGCUUGUAUAAUCUCCUGUCCUUUCUUCAGAUUGCAAAAAUGGAACAUUUGAUGGCAGAUUGGGGAGUGGGGAGUGUAUGUCACACGCCUGGCAGGUCACCAUUUCCUUGGCUGAAUGAGCUCGGUGGGUUUUGCAAGCCUAACAUAAUGCGGUUCUGCGCAUAUUGUUGGCACCUAUUGGAUAGUGUCUGUGACAUUGCUGAUGAGCAAUACAACGCCUCUCCCAAGUCUGCAUCAUGCUGUCAUCCUUACACCACCCCUAAGCAAGAAAAAUUGCAUGAGCUGUAAAACUAACUAGUAUGAAGACUCAGGGUUUGUGUGGGUGGGGGAACCUUGCCAGUUCACUCUUGGCAUAAGACUUCUGGGUUGCUUUACUAAGAAAAGGGGAAAGUACUUCUGCAAAUCCUGGAGUUUUCCCAACUUGACUGAUACCUCUUUUUUGUGCAUGGAUGGAUGGUGGCAUUUUCACUACAUAAGCCAGAGAUGGGGAAGCUUCCCGGCCUGGUGCACCAAAUCUUUUAUCUUCUACCACCCUGCCAGCCAACUUUGACAGCUGGGCGGGGCCACCCACUUGUCAAUCACCUGAUGCCACAAUUGGCGUCCGGCUGACAAGUGGGCAGUCCCGCUGCCUGUCAAAGUUGACCUGCAGGUUGGGAGGGGGGGGGUCUGCUUCGCUGGCGUUUUUCCCCAGAGGGAACAUUAUGGAGAAGCAGCACCCAGCAGGAUUGAACCCCAGUAAUGUCACCAAUUGACAUAUAGGCGUGGUUUGGGGGUGAAAUGGCCUCGGAGGGAGAAAUGGACCCCUCCCUACCACGCUGGUGGGACAAGAUCAGCCAAGCCUCCAGAGGUUUCCCAUUCCUGAUACAAACGAUGGCACCCACCUCUGAACAUUGGGAAUAGAGGGAGGGAUAGUUUCAGUAAUGUUUAGGACUGCGGACUUUUUCGUGGCUUUGCUCCUCUCACUGUACAGUAAUAGCAAUUUUCCUGACACACUAAAAUUAAGCAGGUGAAGCCUUUCCCCAUCAGCAGCAGCCUGAAAGAAAGGGCUUCCUCCUCUCUUUAGUUUAUGUUUGUCAGACUGUAGUUUACAUGACCUGACCAUUCAAUUCCUGCAUUGAAGAUCCAGCCCACAGAGCCCGUUUAUCCAGCCCACGAGCUGCCCGGUCACCAAGCCGCCCGCUUAGCAAGUCCCCCACGCACUGUGCUAAACUGGCGUGGUGCGGGGACUCACCGAGUGGUGCUGGAAAUGGCUUCUGCGCAGGUGCACUUUUCAGCUUCUGAGCAUGCGCAGAAGCGAUUUCCGGUGCCACGGACAUGGGCAGCGUGGCACCGGAAAUAGCUUCUGCGUAUGUCCAGCCCAUGGACAAUCGUCCGUGGGAAUGAUCCGGCCCAUGGUCGGAAAACAUUGCCGACGCCUGGUCUAGAUGACCUUCCAGCUCUACAAUUCUAGGAUUCUGUAUCUUCCAGAUAUCAAUGCCAUCUAUGACAGUCCUAAACAAAUGGACUAGGCCCAAGCACAGCUUUUAUUUUCCAAGGAUGUCUGAUGGAUUGUGAAUAGGCCUAUUUUAAAAAGUAGGACACGGAGGGGGCAAUAUACCCCAACUGCCCAUGUCCCCCUCAAAACCAAGAUUUGUUCUGUUCCGAAUGUGUGCAAUUUUCUGAAGGAAUUUAUCGCAUUGUGCAGGUACACAGAACCAAAAAGUUGGAAGGCCGUUUAAUCCCCUAUGCUCAAUGGAUGGCCAUCCAGCCUUUGCUUAAACACUGACAGCGAAAGAGAUCCUGAGGCAGAAUCUGUUCUACGCUCAAACAGCUCAUAAGAACAUAAGACGAGCCUGUUGGAUCAGGCCAGUGGCCCACCCAGUCCAACAUCUCGUUCUAUUACUGUAAGGAAAGGUUCUUCUGCCAUUUAGCUGACUUUCCCAUUCAUUUGUUCUAGUUCUUCCCUCUGGAGGAACAGAGAACAAGUCUGCUCCAUCCUUCAGUGACAGUCCUUUAAUUAUUUGGAGGCAGCUAUUGUCAUGUCUC